GCGAGCUCUUGCUUAAACAGUAAAGGUAAAAACAUGACAGGGAACUGCUACGGUCGAUAAACAGUCGGUCAGAGUUGAUACCCAGUUUACCGAACUAAUUUAUCCAAAAUCAGUGACAUGAGAGCUUUCUGGAUUACUGCAUAUUAAUCUUAGAUCUGGGAUUUUUGUUUUGUUUCAACUUGUUUCAGUUUGAGAGUCUGGAUCUAACAAGACUUUGACAGAACAGUCGCGAGGUUAACCGGAGGAUUCAGCGUUUAAAACUCUUCAUAGCGUCACAAAAGUUUUAUGGAGGGAUAUUACUAAUAAAUUAACAGGAUCCUCUCAAUUGCUGCUGUCUUCUUGACACAGGAAUGGAAAACCAAGAUGAUGAAAUCGAUCAUGGUAUGCCGGACGGUGAUGGGGCGCAUCCAGAAAGAGGAACCCCUUCAACAAAAGGCAAGGGCAAGUUCUCCAACCUGGGCAAUUUCUUUAAGCCCUGGAAGUGGAGGAAGAAGAAAAGCAGUGAUAAGUUCAAAGAAACUUCAGAAGUGCUGGAGAGGAAGCUGUCGGUGAGGAAGUCCAAGCAGGAGUUGAUAGAGCGAGGGUUACUAAAGGACUUCCCAGAGAAUGUCUUUGUUUCAGAGUCUAACAGUGUGAGUCAUCCUAAAGGUACUUUAGUGAAGAACGGCCAAAAAGCUUCAUUGACUGGAGACCGCAGGUCGGAUAAUCCAUCAGAUGUCAAGGGAUCAUCACGGCCACCAACAGAAUAUCAGAGAAAUAGCCUUGCACCGGAACCAGAGCGUCGCAGCAGAUUACCCUCAGAUGUUAGUCGGAACAGGCAACCUUUGGAUGUGGAUGCUCGAACCCGGUUACCACCUGAUACGGACCGCCACAGCAGAUUGCCCUCAGACACGGAGAAGCAAGCAGGAUCGUUACCAAGAGAGCGACUCGGACACGAUGACAGAAAAUAUCGAAAGGAUGAAAGAGAGGAGAAAGAAAGUAAGGACAGAGAUAGGAUGGACAGAAAAGAUGACAGGGAAGGCCACAGAGAGGACAGAGACAGACGAGAGAGAGAGAGGAGGGAUACAAGGCCAGAUAAAGAUGACUGUCAAGAAAGAAGCGAUCGAGAUGAACGGGACAAAGAGAGAAGAAGUGACCAGGAGAAACGGGAAGAGAAAGACUGGAAAGAAAACCGGGACCGAAAACCAUUAAGAGACCGGAAGGAAGAUCAGAAAAAAGUAGAUGAGCCAAAGAGAGAUGAUCGAGAAGAACGGGAAAGACGCAUUGAAAGAGAAAAAAAAGACACCCGGAGACCAGAGCCUGUGAAACAGGUGUCUGAUGGAAAAUUAGUACGGCCUCAUUCAGAAAUGGACAUUCGACCUAGUCUUCAGAAAAGCUCAUCUGAAACUGGACUAAAGGUCCGACCAGUUUCUGAAGCCGUGCAGAGCAGCACACUGCCAAGAAACACACCCCUUGAGGACGAGCUGAGAGCACGAACAGGAUCAGUGGGAGUGCGGUUUACUCCUGAGCCCAAAUCUGGAGUUAUCUCAGCAAGAGACACACAGCCACACACUAAACAGGCCAUCCUCCCACCCAAAUGGCUCAUGGCUGCUUCCUCCCCCAAUGAGGCUGCUCAAGCCCCAUCCUCAUCUUCCUCCUCUUCCUCUUCUUCAUCUUCGUCAUCAUCCUCAUCCUCUGCUCCGCCUAUUGCAAAGCCGCCUCCCCGGACUGUGUCUUUAAAUGUUGAUGAUUCUCGCAGCAAUAUAGCUACCCCAUUAACUCAAGGAGACCAUGACAACCCGCCUGCUGUGCCCGCCCACUCCACCCAUCCGCCAUCAACUGCCAUCGCUGCUCCUAAACAGCCACCAAUGCCCCCUCCGAAACCUUCACAAGUGGAUCCCUCUCAAGCUACAGUGCAAGCCAAGCCAUCUCCUCCUAUCCCUCCAAAAAGAAUGACACCUGUAACCAAACGUCAUUCAGAUGACUCCUCUUCUGGUCAGCCUCAGCCUUCGUCUACAGUCCCCGCCCCUGUUCCAGACCCCUCCCCACUUUCUGUCCAGUCUGACGACAGCAGAAACGUAAGCUCUGGGGCGCUCUCUCCUCCACCAAACCAUAUCCCUCCAUUCCCUCAUCGUACCCAGCUGCCCCCUGUAAUCCUCCACGUGGACCCGCCGAGCCCCACCACAGAGCCGCCCUCUCAGCCCCCUCUACCUCUGCACAUACGCAUCCAGAAAGCCUUAAACAGUCCAGGGCCGGUCGUGCCCAACUCGGACGGAACUAAGCGAGCUUACUCACUUCUGUUUGAGUCACCACCAGAUUUCCUCACAGAAGCCCCAGGAGGAGUGAGAUACUCCCUCCCUGUUACUAUUGAACCUCUUAGACUGCCAGAGGAUGAUGACUUUGACAUGGAAGAAGAACUCCAGAAGCUGCGACCCGUUCCUUGUCCCACACGGAGAGUGGAGCUUGAGCCAGGAAGCCGGCGGGGUCUGGUGGGAGAUCAUCGGGUCUCUGUCAUUCCUGAGGGACCUGGAAACAGUGAGAACGAGGAGGAGUCUGACUCAGAUGGACCCAUCAAUUAUAAAAGCGAUGAUGAUGAGGAGGAAGAUGAGGAUGUUCCAAGUGGUCUUGCAAGUCGCGUACAGCGCAAGGAUACUCUGGCACUGAAGCUGGAGCGCCAGCAGGAGAAAGAGCAGUCACAGGAUCAGGAGAACGACACCUGGAAGAGCAAAGAACAGUGGGAGGAAAUUCGCAGCAAGAUCGGCACCACACUCACAAGGAGGUUGAGUCAGAGACCCACUCCACAAGAACUUGAGCAAAGAAACAUCCUGCUAGCCAAGAAUGAAGCAGACCGAAGGGCAGAGAGAAGCGAGAUCAAACGCAGGCUUACCAGAAAGUUGUCACAAAGGCCCACAGUUGCUGAGCUUCAGGCCAGAAAGAUCCUACGCUUUCAUGAGUAUGUGGAAUGCACUCAUGCUCAGGACUAUGACCGGCGUGCAGACAAACCCUGGACCAAACUCACACCUGCCGACAAGGCUGCCAUAAGAAAAGAGUUGAAUGAGUUUAAGAGCUCAGAAAUGGAAGUUCAUGAGGAGAGCAAAAUAUACACCAGGUUUCAUCGGCCAUGAUGUCUGUCUCUAAGGAAGAACCCUGAACAAAUGGAAACUGCCCCCAGCUCCUCUAAAAGCCUCCAGCUCACUGUACCAUCCUGUUUCUUCUAGUGCUCAGGCCAGACACUCAGUGCUAUGGAGAAAGAAAGAAAGAAAGAAAGAAA